AUGGCUCUAAGACCCGAAAAGCCUGUGUGGAUGUCACAGGAGCAGUAUGAUAGACAAUACGGAGGAUUUGAAACAAAUAAAUUUAAAAAUGGCACGCCUACUCCAUUGGAAGAAGACCAACCAAGUGAUACACCAAAAGAUGAAAAGCCUUUAGAUCCUUCAGAUGCUUCCAAUUCAGAUGCAGUUUCAGAAAAACCAGUCUACAAAUUACAUAAACGUAGACAUCGUAAUUAUGAUAUUGAAGAGAAAAGGAAGAAACAGCAAUUUAAUAGAAUUAGGGAAGAACAGUUGAAGCUUCACGAAAUCGAAAUGACGGCUAAUAAAGUAGUAAAUGUUGAUCAGAUUGUCAGAGAACAUUAUAAUGAGCGUACUUUUCAUGCUAAACGAUAUAAUCGGAAUUUUUCUCCAAUUAUCAAGUUGCGCAAUUUCAAUAAUGCUAUAAAGUAUAUGCUUAUUGAUAAAUAUACUAGGCCGGGAAAUGUAGUUUUGGAAUUAGGAUGCGGGAAAGGUGGAGAUCUUCGAAAGUAUGGUUCAUGUGGUAUUUCGCAGUUUAUUGGUAUUGAUAUUUCGAAUGAGUCCAUUCGCGAGGCUCAGAGGCGUUACCGGAACAUGAAGGAUUUAGACUACCAGGUUAUUUUGAUUACCGGAGACUGUUUCGGAGAGUCUCUUGGGGUUGCAGUUCAAUCCUUUCCAGAAUGUAGGUUUCCGUGUGAUGUAGUAUCUACACAAUUUUGUCUUCAUUAUGCUUUUGAAACAGAAGAGAAGGCUAGAAGGGCUAUAUUGAAUGUGGCCAAAUCAUUAAAGAUAGAUGGUUUCUUUUUCGGUACAAUACCUGAUGCUGAAUUUAUUCGGUACAAGUUAAAUAAGUUCCCACCCGAUGUGGAGAAACCAUCCUGGGGAAACUCUAUUUAUAAGGUUAGCUUUCCGAACAAUGCAUACAAGAUGAACGAUUGUGAAUUUGAAUCUCCUUAUGGUAAUAUGUACACUUAUUGGUUAGAGGAUGCGAUUGACAAUGUUCCUGAGUACGUGAUACCAUUCGAAACACUGCGGAACCUUUGUGAUGAAUAUGGAAUGGAAUUAGAAAUGCAAAAGCCUUUUAAUGAGUUUUUUGUAGAGGAAAUACCUACAUGGAUGAAGAGGUUCUCGCCAAAACUAAGGGAGGGUUUACAACGCUCAGAUGGAAAGUAUGGGGUUGAGGGUGAAGAGAAAGAAGCUGCUGCUUACUUCUAUACAGUCUUCGCAUUUCGUAAAGUGAAAGAGCACGUUGAAAAGCCAUAA